GAAUCGCGCGCGCGGAGCUCACGGCGCUGUAAAAAAAAAGAAAGUGGGAGGCGCUUCCGAGGAGUAAAGUAUCAGCUGGGAGAGACCGGAGCACAUUCACUCGCUUCUCUGUGUGCGGACAGCAUCUGUCAACUCACCACAGCGCGCAAAACAGCGAGAAACACACCUGCUACACACGCCAGAGGACACAGCAUGCGAUGAACGAGCCGCCCGCGCAUCAGGAACAGCGUCCACAUCUGAGGAACAACACGGACAGACGCCUGGCAUCCCUGGAUAACUCGGUUUGGAGGUGCACCUGACGAUACUCCAAAGAUCUCAUUAGUCUGUGAUGAGCAUCAUCAUCCAGCGCAGACCCAAGAAAGCGCCUCGUGUCCUCUAAGAGGAAGUGAUGUCACGACACCACCACCGCUUCGAGAGGGACUAUCGGGGGCCAUGGGAGCGUCGCGAGCGUCCCAGCGGCCUCCACAAUGGCGGAUGUUCCCCAGCAGCACCUCCACCAGUGGCUAACGGUAAUAACCGUCCGGGACUCCUUCCUCUGCCAGUGAUCCCAUCUCUCCUGCCCACACCAGUGACCAUUGCAGUGACAACAGCCAGCAACGAACUCAAUCUUAAACGCUCCGCUUCAUCAGCGGCCACACCUGUUGUUAAGGCGGCAGGUCUUUCUCCGGGUGAUUCUCAGGCUCCCAGUCUCCUGCUGGCUCCUGGGGUGAGAUGGGGCCAAACACCCAUCAACCAGUCCACGCCGUGGGAGACAGACGAGCCUGCGGCCAAACAGCACAGAGAGAACGAAACAACAGGCCCCCCAUGGGUUCCUUCAGUGUUGCCGGCGGCCACUCAGCCAAGUCUGUUGGCACAUUCAUACGGGAUGCCGCCCGCUUACAGCCAAGGGGUGUCCGUCCAGUCUCCUGUCAUCGGCGUGACCCCGGCCAUCCAGACGCCCAUCCCACCACACCAUCCGCUCAUGACGGCUCACUUCCAGCUUCCUCCGCUCUCUUCCCAACCUCCCGGCAGCCUAGUUCUCAGUCUCCAAAACCAGUCGCCCUACGCCACCAGCCAGCCGCAAAUCACCCCAUCACCCCUGACGACAGCCGGCCAGGUGAUCCACCCCACUCCCCAGAGCGUGGUCGUGGGAAAUGGUCACAUGACUCACCCUCUCAUUCAUCCGCCCACUUUGCCUUCCGCCGCGCUGCCAUUGUCAAAUGGACAAGCGACGACUCUGCCAACUUCUGCCAACCAGGACAGUCCCAAUGGCCUUCAAAUGCUUCGUACCGUUGGAAUGGGGAAGUACGAGUUCACAGACCCGAGCCAUCCUAAAGAGAUGUUGAAGGAGUUGAACCAGCAGCGCAGAGAGAAAGAGUUUACAGACCUGAAAAUUAUAGUUGAAGGCAAAGAGUUUGAAGUCCACCAAAAUGUUCUAGCUUCCUGCAGCUUGUAUUUCAAGGACCUGGUGAAAAGGUCUUCAAGAGAGACGGGCAGUGGUGAGAAGCUGGAGCUCAACAUGACCAACAUCAGUGCGGACGUGCUGGAGCUGCUGCUUGAGUUCGUCUACACUGGCUCUCUGGUCAUCCACUCGGCCAACGCCAAAACCCUGCUGGAGGCCGCAAACAAGUUCCAGUUUAACACCUUCUGCAAAGUCUGCGUGUCUUUCUUAGAAAAGCAGCUGACUGCAGCAAACUGCCUGGGGGUUCUGGCUAUGGCGGAGGCCAUGUGCUGCACGGAGCUACACAAUAUGGCCAAAGCCUUCGCACUGCAGAACUUCCCUGAUGUGGCAGGACAAGAUGAGAUCCUCAGCAUCUCCAAAGAAGACCUGAUCAACUAUCUGUCCAACGACAGCCUGAACACCAAGGCAGAGGAGCUGGUUUAUGAGACUGUCAUCAAAUGGAUCAAGAAGGACCCCAUCAACAGAGUACAGCACAUAUCAGAGUUGCUGGCUGUGGUCAGGCUUCCAUUUAUCCACCCCAGUUACCUGCUGAACGUGGUGGACAAUGAGGAGUUGAUUAAAUCGUCGGAGGCUUGCCGAGACCUGGUGAAUGAGGCCAAACGAUACCACAUGCUGCCUCACGCGCGGCAGGAGAUGCAGACACCCAGGACGAGGCCCAGACUCUCUGCAGGUGUAGCAGAGGUUAUCGUGUUGGUCGGAGGACGGCAGGCCAUCGGUAUGAACCAGCGCUGUCUCACCGCAGUCACAUGUUUUAAUCCACAAAAUGGGAAAUGGUAUCCACUGGCCAGCGUCCCUUUCUACGACCGCGAGUUCUUCAGCGUCAUCUCCGCCGGGGACAAUAUUUAUCUGUCAGGUGGUACAGAGUCAGGGGUGACUGUGGCAGAUGUGUGGUGCUACAUGUCUCUUCUGGACAACUGGAACCUGGUGUCCCGGAUGACUGUCUCUCGCUGCAGGCACAACAGCUUGGUGUACGACGGCAAACUCUACACUAUCGGAGGACUCGGGGUGGCUGGAAACUUGGACCAUGUGGAAAGGUAUGACACCAUCACCAAUCAGUGGGAGACGGUGUCCCCGCUGCCCAAACCUGUCCACUCGGCCGCCGCCACUGUCUGCGGAGGGAAGAUCUAUGUGUUCGGCGGAGUGAAUGAGGCAGGACGCUCUGCCGGGGUCUUGCAGUCAUACGUCCCGCAGACCAACACCUGGAGCUUCAUCGAGUCUCCUAUGAUUGAUAACAAGUACGCUCCUGCUGUGAGCCUCAAUGGUUUUAUCUUCAUCCUGGGAGGAGCCUACGCCCGAGCCACCACUAUCUACGACCCAGACAAGGGCAACAUCAAAGCUGGCCCCAACAUGAAUCACUCCAGGCAGUUCUGCAGUGCGGCGAUCCUAGACGGGAAGAUCUAUGCAACGGGAGGAAUCGUGAGCAGCGAGGGACCAGCGCUGGGGAACAUGGAGACCUUUGACCCUUCCACCAACACAUGGACGCUGCUGCAGAAUCUGCCGUGUCCGCUUUUUAGACACGGAUGUGUGGUUAUAAAGAAGUACAUUCAGAGCGGCUGACAACAAGCCAGGCUCUGGACUCUAAUAUCACAAACUGGCCUAAAUCAGCUCAUCAAGCUCCAGCCGGGCAAUCUGGGUUGGACCGUCACGGCAAGGGAUCCGUAGCAUAGCUUUCGCUCAGGUGUCGUGCCAUCGGAACGGUAUUCUAGGUCAGCCAAAUGCCAUUUUCUUUUUUUAAUUCCUCUUUCAAUGUUUGAGUUGAUAUUCUUCUCCCACAUGGAGUUUCCGUCAAAUGUCAUUUUUCAUUGGUAGUCAUGUCGUGAGAUGAGAAAAUGGGAUUGUAUGUCGCGUAUAUAUAUAAAUAUAAAUAUCAGAUGCAUCGUGAUGGGACUUCAGCAAGACUCUAAAGGACGUCAAUGCUAGUCAUGUAGCCCUCCAGCGAGGGCCAGUGAUACAGAGAACGGAUCGAACGGAAGGCCCUCCUGAACUCCAAAGCACAAAAUACCAGAACCUGUGAUGCCCAGAGGAGUUUCAUUUCAUUUUGUUCUGUGUAAAUCAUUCGACCUUUCCUUUGUGGGUUUGUUUUUUUGUAUCCUUGCAUUUUAUUCCAAUCCACGAGCCUGCAGCUGUGGCCGAAUACAGAUGGAGGAAAUGGAAGGAGACACUUUGUAUUAUAUGGAAGAUAUGUAUAUUUUAAAAAAGGCGAUACAAAUUGUGUAUAAAUGUUUUUAGAAAAACUCAAUGGAUUGGACAGUGUCUGUAAAUCUGUACCCUACCGGAACAAUUUACGUUAUUAAUGCUGAAAUACAUAUCCAGAAUUCUAAAGAA